AUGACGACCCCGCACAAAAUCGCCAUCAUCGGCGCCGGCACCAUCGGCCUCUCCUUCGUCGCCCUCCAUCUGACCACCGAUCCCACCUGCGAGGUCUCCAUCUACGACACGCGGCCGGAUCUCGAAUCGUACGUGCGCGCGAGCCUCCCGGAUUACCUCCCCGACAGCGAAGGAUCCAACGACAACGACGACGACGACGACGACCCCGAGAAGAAGAAGGAUCGGGAGCAGGAGGCGAGAUCCGCGCUGCUCUCCCGCCUCGCCUUCCACGCCACGCUCCGAUCCGCGGUGGAAGGCGCGACGAUCGUGCAGGAGCAAGGCCCCGAGAGCGCGGCGUUCAAGACGGCGCUGUGGCCGCAGGUGGAGCAGCACGCGCCCGCCGCCGCGCUGCUCUGGUCCAGCACGUCGGGGAUCCCGGCCAGCGCGCAGAGCCGGGCGAUGCGCGAGCCCGCGCGGCUGCUGGUCGUGCACCCCUACAACCCGCCGCACCUCAUGCCGCUGCUGGAGAUCGUGCCGGGGCCGGCGACGGCGCGCGAUGUGGUCGAGCGGACCGUGCGGUUCUGGCGCGCGCGCGGCCGGACCCCGGUCGUCCUGGAGAAGGAGUGCGUGGGGUUCGUGGCGAACCGGCUCGCGUUCGCGCUGCUGCGCGAGGCGUGCAGCCUGGUGGCCGCCGGGGUGGUGUCGCCGCGGGACCUGGACGCGGUCGUGACGGGCUCGAUGGGCCCGCGGUGGGCCGUCGCCGGCCCGUUCGAGAGCUACAAGGCGGGUGGUGGGGAGGCCGGGUUCGCGGGGUUCAUGGAGAAGAUCGGGGCCACGGUGGGCGAGUGUUGGAGGGAGAGCGAAGGGGACUAUGCGAGGUUGGGCGUCCACGUUGGCGGACCGUGGCAGAGCGGGGUCUGUGAGGCCGUGGAUGGGACGUUUGGGCCGGUGGAUGUCCGGGGGAGGGAUCGGAAGACGAGGGGGGUCCUUGAGGCGGUGAAGGAUGCGAUUUGA